AUCUCGAGCUGUCAAAAUACGCGCCCUAAGAAAACAGCUAAUUAUUGUAGCAGACGAUGACUUGCCACCAGGGGAACACCAGCGUGAACAAACAUGGAUCAAACUGGACUGACGUCUUCCGAGAAAAUUACCCUGUUCAGUGCGUGGGGCUUAAUUCGCAAGGAUUUGGACGUACACGGGCGAAAUGUGCUGUUGCUGCUGUUCCACAAACAUCCGCGCUACAUUGCGUACUUCGAUUUCACGGACGAUCCCAACGCCCAAUCGCUGGUGGACAACAAAUCGCUCUACGAUCAGGCGAUACACGUGUUCAAAGCGGUCGGUGCGCUCAUCGAGUACGGUUUCAAGGAUCCGGUGCUGUUCGAUGCGACGCUGCGAAAGAUCACCCGCCGGCACAAGGAUCGUCCCGUCUUUUCCGAGGACAUUCUCACGAUUGGUGAGGUAUUCCUGAACUAUCUGGGGCAGGCGCUGGGGCGCCAAAUGUCCGACUCGCUGCCCGAUGCGUUCUGGAAGCUUUUCCACACGAUCGCCGGUAGGUUUCCGGCCACCCCUAAGACGCCCAUUGCGGCCGAGGGCGGCGAUGAUGCAAACGAUCCACUGCCAACAACGAGCCAACGGCAAGAUAGGGCAUCGGACGCACCUUCAAACUGACUGCACAGAAUUGAAUUACAAUGUAGCUCCAACUCCAAGAGGGAGCGAUGCAAAAAAAAAAGCUACCAACUAACAAACACACACCAACCAGGCUCCCGGUGGAGCAUUAGCACAGAACGAUGUGAAAGAUUGCAGCGUCUCAUAAUUCCAAACCAAGCGCUGCAAAAAAUGCAACGCAUCCAGAUGAACUACUUCACCGACCCAAUUAAAGUUGGUAACAGGAGCUGCCUGCGCUUAAACUCUUCCCCACUGAGCUGACCACUGCACCAAGCAGCACAUCGCCGGAAGGGACAAGGCAAAGAAACAAACUAAUAAUGAGAAGGAAAACAACUUGUCGUGCGAGAAGAAAGAGAAGCAAAAAAAAGACACAAAAACACACUCACAGAGGAAAACGGGAAUUCCUGUUGGAAAAAGUUUCGUGUAAGAAAAAUGCCUGACUUCGGCGGUUCACUCCCUGCUCGAGAAGGAUUUACUGUUUUCUCUUUCAAUGUUCUUGGGAGUUUGCCGUCCCUUUUUUUCUUUUCUUUUGCUGGUCGACCAUUUCUCGAUGAUAUUUGAUGCGCUGAACGAUGAUUUAUACCUUAAUUGGGGUGCUUUGCGUGGUCGGAAAAGCAAUUUAUCAAAGCUUACUCCAUCCUGCUUUCGCUCCCCCUCCUCCAGAGUAACUGAAACCAUUUGCCCGUUGGGCUUUAGUCACUGGAUGCUGGGUGGAACCUUUUUGCCCGUAUGUGACUUGUGUCAGUGAACGAACUGUCUAUUUGGGGUACGUUUUUCAACGCGUGUGUGUGUGUGCUAUCGCAAAGACGACACGAAACGUGGGGUUAAUGAACUUUACCCAACACCAGUUUUUCACGCUCGCACGAUUCUGCGGUUCGCUCCACGUUGGCAGCAAAUUCGGAAGUGAUUGGAAUUUCAAUUAGAGUAACGUUUGUCGCGCUUGUAAAUGGGACGGUAAGGGGUGAUUUCCCCCCGCUCUUGGUGGUGAAUUUCCAUUUGCGGAAUGAGAUUGUGGCUUCGACAUACUUAAGCGCUGUUGGGCAGGAGCAAUCAAACGCG